AUGUACGGCUAUAGGAACAACAAUAACAACAAUAAUUCCAGAAGAACCCCCUGUAAAUAUUUCCAAACUGGGACAUGCAAGAAUGGUAAUAACUGUCGAUUUGCACAUGUGUACAUAAACGGUAACAAUGGAGGAGGGAACAACAAUAACACUCGUGAAGAGGGAAAAUCAGAUUCUGAGAGAUAUGCACAAUUUAUUAAACCACAGGAACUUCCCAAACUGGAGAAGGAAAUCACUAGUGAUUUAGCUACAGUUGAUUAUAUUAAAAUGAAACCAUUGUCAUCGUCUUAUAGUCUGCCGUUACCAUGUGCUUUGAAUCUUAUAGCAAAUAGAGAUUACUCUGCAGAAGAAUCAAGGUGGCAAUAUCAUCAAGCUCGCCAAAAUAAUACAUUAAAUGCCUAUGAGUUGGAAAUGAAUGCCAGAGAUAAGGAUAUAAGGAAAUGUAUGGAUCGAAUUAAAGCUCGUCCCGAUUGGGCUGCAAGAUAUUUACAAAAGAAUACACAAGAAUUGACAGAACAUGGUCGCCUGGCGAUGGCGAAAGAAUUCAUUGAUUUUCCACUUGAUUUAACUGGCGCAUCAUAUGCUAAUAACAGUACAGCUACACAGGGUACCCCAAGUAACUUAUUUGGAGGCAAUCCAUUUGCGCCAGCAACUUCCAGUACAUCUACAGCCUCUCCGUUCGCAUCAACUUCGACCCCAUCAUCAACAUUUGGUAGUCCAUUCGGUCAAACUGGAGCAGGUCCUGGGACUACAAACACUGGAUCUGCAUUCGGUGCCAACCCAUUUAGUCAAAACAAUGCUACACAACCCGCUGGUGGAGCAUUCGGUAAACCCGCAUUUGGUGCGACUCCUACAUCAACUAAUACUGGUACACCAUUUGGCGGAUCGUCAGCCUUUGGUAAACCUGCAUUUGGAACUGCACCAGCAGCAGGUGCAACUAACAGUAGCCCAUUUGGGGCGGCAGGAAGUUCAUCAGCAUUUGGGAAACCUGCAUUUGGAGCAACCCCCCAAAGCACUAAUACAACAUCAGCAUUUGGGACAGCUACGCAAACUACGGGAUCACCGUUUGGAUCAAUGUCCCAAACUGCCGGUACCAGUUCAGCAUUUGGCAAUCCAGCGUUUGGGACAGGAAGUACGGCUUCCCAACCUGCUACUGCCAGUGCAUUUGGGUCGACUGCAUUCGGAACACCAGGAUUUGGCAGUAUACCAGCAGCAGGAGCUGCUGCCCAACCUGCAAUGACCACAUCGGGUUCUUUUGGUUCAUCAGCAUUUGGCACGUCAGGAUUUGGCAACAUUGGAAAUGGAGCAGCCAAAAACUCACCAUUUGGUACCCUUUCCGGAACGACAGCUACUUCAGCUUUUGGGAAUACAACUAAUAACACAACAGUAAAUGAUAAAUCUCCAUUUGGUCUUCCUGCUACUGGACAAAAUGCAUCGCCCUUUGGUCUUCCGACAACUAAUACAAAGGAAAGUUCAGCGUUCGGUUCUGCAAAUACUCAAUCGAGUCAAGCCUCACCUUUUGGUGCCCCAUUGAAUACUCAACCAAAUGGACUCUUUGGCCAGGCUACUAGUAACAUGAAACAAACGGGUCAAUCUGAUGGUGCAACUAAUAAUAACGAAAAUAGACGUUUUAUUCAAGGUAUAUCAUCCGAAAAUGAUACGGUAGUUAAGGAAGAAGAUUUAUUGCCUACGGUGCUUGAACAAUUCAAAGCUGUCAAAUUUUCCCUUGGCAAAGUACCAGAUGUGCCACCACCUCUUUCAUUGAUUGCAUAA